AUGGCAGUGAUCGGAACGAGGUUUGGCGACGAACAGAGCACGUUGUUGGACGAGUUCGAGAGGCUGGCGUUUGAGGCACACGCGGCGCAGCUGAACAGGGUGAUGUUGAGUCGGAGUCUCUCGGAACCAAAUUUGCAGAAGUCACACUCGCGACUCAUGAACGUGGCUCCUAUACCUCUGGUGAAUCAAGUGAUGCUGCAAGGGCCACAUCAUCGUUGUGGUGGAUCAGGGUUUCACAAGGUGUUGAAGAAACUGCUGAAACCAAUUCUUGGAAGGAAGAGAAAGGGAAGAACACAAGCCUCGGAUGAAAAGGAUUUGUUGUCUUUCACGGCUUUUAGCAAAUCACUGCGGUUCUGA